AAAUCUCGAGUUUGGUUUUUAGGUUUCAUGUAGGGGGUUGGGCGGAGAAUUCAUCGAGUCCGUUUCUUUGUAAUGGCAUACCUUUGGGUCGCUCUAGAACAUGGGAUCGCAAGGUCAAAUUAGCGAGGCUCUUUGUUCCCUUCCAGAGUCUCUUGCUCAAUCGGGGAAACCGAAAAUCGAGAUCUCCCGGCAAUCUCGUUUAAUAAGAUCACGGAGUACACGGGGGGACGAUGCCAUCGAGGCAGCUGGAAUAUUUCACUAUGCUUGUCUUUCCCCCACUGAUGGGCGCGUAACAGCCAUGGAUCGAAGAGGCGUCCUUGUAUACGAUGUGAGUAUCGUGUUUCUAGCACUGAUCUGGGUUAUGGUGCCUCUACGACUGUAUGUCCGCAUCGGGAUGAAAAGGGCGUUUGGCUAUGAUGACUUUUUCCUGAUUCUUAGCUUGAUUUUCUGCAGUACGCAUCUGAUCCUUCCACUGUGUGAGCCUGUGUGUAAUGUGCGAGCGGAUGUCACCACCUUUUCCCCUGGCGGCAUGGAAGAUAACUUGCGGUGCUUUUUUGUGGGCCAGUUGUUCUAUGUCCUUGCCAGCGGUACGAUUAAGAUUUCGUUCUGCUUCAGCUUAUAUCGCCUCCUUGUCACUCGAUGGAAACAACUCUUCGUUUGCGGAAUCAUGAUCGUCGUCUCGAUCAUCGGCCUGUUCUACUUCUUCUGGUUGCUUUUCCAAUGCAAUCCGGUGGCAUAUUUUUGGCAACGCGUGACGAACCCCGGCGGAGGAUCCUGUCUGGUCCCGACUACCAUGGUCGGCGCAGUAUACGCCCAUGCUGUCGUGAUGCUCUUGUCCGAUACCUUCCUGGCCGUGUUACCCAUUUUCAUCGUGAAAGACCUCCAAAUGGGCUGGAAAUCAAAGCUGUCGGUGGUUGGCAUCCUCGCAAUUGGAUCGUUGCCUUCUGUUGCGACUAUUGUGCGGAUCACUUUAAUACGCAGCUUGGAAAAACAACCCCGUGCCUUUGAUUUCCUCGGUCUCGUUGUCGACUUUGUGAUAUGGUCGGUUGUCGAAGCCGGAGCCAGCAUCAUAGCCGUAUCAGCCACCGCACUCCGGCCGCUGGCGACGAAGAUUUCCCUCGUGUCAAGCCUGGAGUUUUCGAGGGAACGGCAGACGGGGUUUACCACGGGCACACAUAAAGAUAUUCCUUUGAACACGUUCGAUAUCCCUCGAUCCAUUUCCCACGAGGCGAUCCUGGCAGACGAAGAACGGCAGGGCUCAUCGAAUAGCGUUUACACAGCACACGAGGGCCAUGAAGCAUGACGCCAGAAGAUCAACUGGGCCAAAUGUAUCCUGUAUUCUCACUUAAUGUUCAAAUAUCAAUACUCCAACUAGCCUCACGUGUAGUACGCCAAUCCAAUGGCC